AUGCUGGGCGGGGCGGGCGGGGCGGGCGAGCCGAGCGGCGGCGAGCUGCUCACCGUCACCGUGGUGCGCGACGAGCACGGCUAUGGGAUGAAGGUCUCCGGCGACAACCCUGUGUACGUGCAGUCGGUGAAGGAACACGGGGCGGCUUGGCGUGCUGGCUUGCGAGCAGGUGACCGCAUACUGUGCGUGGACUCGGUGCACGUGUACCAGCACACGCAUCAACAGGUCGUGCAUAUGAUACGAGCCAAGCCGACUACAGUGUUGACAGUUCAGCAGAAUAGCUCCCGGAAUAGGACUCCAAUCACUGCACCGCUGCCUGUCAAUCCAGAGAACCAGAGGCAGUUGGAGGAGUCGAAGGUACUGACGAUGAAGCUCAUGCUACAGAAAGAACAGAAGUACAUCAGAGAACUGCGGAACGAAUUGCAAAAAGUCCCGGACGUAAGGAAACAAGCUCAAUUAGAAGCAGCCAUGCAGCGAUGUUCCAAGCUUCAGCAUGAAAUUGACACGAUAAUGGCCGCUCAGGGCGAGAGUGCGUCAACGCCUCAGCCUCCGGGGACUCCGCGCAGCUUUCUCAGUGGGCUGCCGCGCUCGCUCAGCAACCUUACCGGCCAGAGCCUGCGCAACUUGCGCCAGGCGAGAGCGAGGCAGCACGACUCGCCCCUUGCGCCCCUCGCUCCCCUCGCGCCCCUCACCCCUCAGUCCCUGGGCGUGGCUCCCGCGGCGGGCGCGCACAACCACACAGUGCCGCUGGUGCCCACCACGUGCCUGGACAACGCGCCGCCGCCGCUGCCGCCGCGCUCCACCGAGCGGCCCAAGCGCACGCCGCCUCCCCCGCACCCCUCACACAGGCACGAGGGCAUGGCGUUCCCGUCGUACAAGGAAGAAGCCAAGUUUCGCCGCUCGUCGCACUCACUCGACGGAGAGCUGGACGGUCCGCAGCCGAACUCCAUAGCGUUGCAGAUGAGCUACCCACUUGUCAACGUACCGCCGCCACCCUUGCUGACGGACAACCGCGGUGGGGUGCCGGUUCUUCACAUGAGGAGCCAGUCCUCUCCUGAACAUCUGGACCAUGAUCUGCAGAAGCUGGGCGAGCCACCGGGCACGCCACCACCGCCUUACGCGCACAAUACACAGCCCUGCGUCGAUCCUCAAAGAGCAAUUAUAUCGAUGGAGGAGGACGACUCGCCCGCAUCUGUGAAUUCGACUUGCUCCGGCCUGUUCUCCAAUCUCCGUUCAGUCAGAGAUUCAAGAGCCAGGAUGGCCGUCUUGCUUAACUGGCUAAUUGGUGAAAGGAGGUGUCCGUACGCGUGGUUGGUGCUGGUGUUGACGGAGCAGUUUCGCACGGCCGCUGUGCCGCUGGCCACGCUGCGCCGCUGGGCCUACGAGAUACACUCCACCUUCCUCAUGCCCAACGCGGUGUUACAGUUAAAUGGAAUCGACGAACAAAUGGCUAACGAGAUUGAACAUGUUCUACUUUAUGAGCACGAGAAGGAGGAGCUGGUGCGGAACGUGUUCCGCAAGGCAAGGCAGCGGGCCAAGGAGGAGUUGGGGGCGCAGCUAAGUGAGUUCCAGCUGAAGAGGCAGGUGGGGCUGGGCUCGCUGUACGGGCCCGAUGACUGCGUGCUAGCCAAGUGCGAUGUGGACCGCGCGCAGGAGCAAGUGGUGGUGGAGCGGCUGAUGUACGACGUGCUGCGCAACGUGGCCGCGCCGCCGCACGCGCCGCACGCCCCGCCCCCCGCGCACCUGGCCGCGCUGCUCGCCGCGCUGCUGGCCGCCGCGCUCGCGCUCGCCUGCAGGCCGGCGGGCGUGGCGGCGGCCGCGGCGACGGGCGCGCGCGACGCGUUCCUGCAGCGCGACAAGCUAUACAAGCAGCGCCUCAAGCACCUCGCCAAGCAGCGCCCGCAGCCGUACGUGGUUCGCGGGCACCAACUGCAGCUGCGCGCUCUCACGUCGGUGGCGCACUGCCACCAUUGCGACCUCGUCAUCUGGGGCCUGGCGCCGCAGGCCUACGUGUGCGCCAAUUGCAACUUGCGAGUACAUCGCGACUGCGCCAGGUCUGUGGACGAGGGAUGCGUACUAGACGGUGAACACCACAACAACAGGAUAUCCAGGUUCAUGGAGAGGAUACACCAUAACAACCAGCCCGGUCAGGAUACGAGCGACAAGAAGUCAAGGAAGGCUUCGGGCACGGGGCAUUUUCUGAACAUGGAGAGAAGCUUUAGAAAAAUGGAGGAUGAUCCCGCGUGGGAUCAGACGCUCACGCCGACUCCCGUUAUAGGUAAGUCUAAAAAAUAUCGAUUAUAG